UAUUCUGAUAUUCUGGACGCCUCUUGGAUUGCUGAGGGAACCCAUUUUGCAACAACUAAACCUAAUGAAGAUGUGGUAAUUCGAGACAAACGAUACGAGGGAAGACUAAAAGCCAAAGCGGAUGGAUCUUUAAUCAUCAUCAAAGUGACCAGGGAGGACCAAAAGGUUUACCAAGCUGAUAUAAACUCAGAUAAAGACUUGCCGCUCAAGGAAUUUGAUGUCAGAGUCUUAGAUAAACUCUCCCCACAAGACAUAGACAUUGUGCACGUGGUGAGUAGUAAUGAGACCUGGGCCUGCGCUUUGUCCUGUAAAGUGAACCGAUUCAACGUGACAAUCACCUGGAGCAGCUCGGACGGCAGGGGACUGCAUCUGAUCAAUGGAUCCCUCCAUGUUCCCGAGAACGCGACCAACGUUAGCUACACCUGUUCAGCCGAGAACCCAGUCAGCAGAGCCAACAAAAGUGUUCUCCCCAGGGAACUGUGCAAGAGAGAGCCGAAUACUUCUGCCCGUGUACACGUCUCUGUUUGCAUCAUUAUGGCUGCGUCUAUCGCAUCGGUAGCAGUGAUUUGGUGGAUUGUUUACUGCGGAGUUUGCAGAAAAGAGGCACGUGGACGAGGACCACAAACAACCUACGCUGAGGUGUGAUGUUUGUUUCGUAUCGCAGAUGGGGGGCCGCGUGCCUAUUAUCGGGGAUUCUGCUUUAUAGAUCACACCGUAUUAGUUAAAAGUAGUAUUUCAUUAAUUGUUCUGUUUCUGCUAAUCAUUUUCUUUUAUUCAUGUGAUUUUAAUAGAUUUUUUUUCCAGGGCAGACUCCAAGGCUAAAGAAUAAAUGUUUUUGAGAUUUUCUAUACAUCUUUAUUCAGAUUCUUUUCUCUCUUUAUUUAUCAAAUAGGUAGAAAAUCCGUCAAAUGCAUACGG